AUGGCAAAGCUGGUUAAGUGUUUUAUGACUCUUCUAAUUCUGAAUCUUGCCACCAAAGGCACUGUCCGAAGUGGGAAAGAGAUACAAGGCAAGACUGAAUGGAGUGUGACAGUCACCAACACCUGCGUUUGCGCCCAAAGCCGCAUAAUUCUACGUUGCCCAGGAUUUCAGUCUGUUGAACACAUCAAUCCAGAUAUUCUAUACAAGCAAGGGGAUGACUGUGUCCUCGUCCGUGGCUCUUCCCUGCCAGCAUCUGCUUCAGUCACCUUCUCCUAUGCUUGGGACCCUCCCUUUAUUAUGUUUCCCAAGUCAUCUAUUAUUGCUGGUUGUUAG